AUGCCUCCCAAGUUCGAUCCCAAUGAGGUUAAGAUCAUCCACCUCCGUGUGACUGGUGGUGAGGUCGGCGCCCAGUCCGCUCUGGCCCCCAAGAUCGGUCCCCUCGGUUUGUCUCCCAAGAAGAUUGGUGAAGAUAUCGCCAAGAACACUGGCGACUGGAAGGGUCUCCGCGUCACCGUCCGCCUGACCAUCCAGAACCGUCAGGCCGCCGUCUCCGUUGUUCCCUCCGCCUCUUCCCUUGUCAUCAAGGCCCUUAAGGAGCCUCCCCGUGACCGCAAGAAGGAGAAGAACAUCAAGCACUCCAAGUCCAUCCCCAUGGAUGAGAUCAUCGAGAUUGCCCGCAUCAUGCGCACUCGCUCGAUGGCCAAGGAGCUCCGCGGUGGUGUCCUUGAGAUUCUCGGUACUGCUUUCUCCGUCGGCUGCCAGGUCGAUGGCCGCAGCCCCAAGGAUGUCUCCGAUGACGUUAAGUCUGGCGAGAUUGACAUUCCCGAGGAAUAA